UCGCAAUUUCCACUGAAGCCUAGUAUCGUGAUCUUGCAUUGGCAGUAGUCCAUGGUUUCAAAGAAAGAUGGACAUAUCAUCGAUUUGUCAUAUGAUCAUGAGAAUGCGAUUGGAAGGUGGGUGAAUUCGUUGCAGCAAUAUACCGCCCAACUUGGCCAGGCUCUCGAACGCACCAUGAACUUUUACACGCAAAUGAUCGACAUCGACACCUUACUAAGACACCCAAGGACAUGAUCUUCUGCACGGAAGUCUAAGACUCUCUCGAAUGGUAGAUACCCCUCGACAUCAUGAUCACUGUGCAUGUCAAUGGGCCCCGGUUUUUAUGGAUUCAUAGGAAAGUGCCGUUUGAUUGUGCGGCCGAGUGCGGUGCACGUUUGUGAGAGAGAUUUGCGGGUGGUUGAGAGUUGGACGGAAAUAUGCUGAAGUAUAGCAAUAUGUGAA